AUGCCAGAGCCAUUAGAGAUCGCCGACAUUCACGCGCACACCGACGAGUCAGCGGCCGAGAGCGAGGCGGAGGAGAGCGGAGUGGUUGAGCAGCAGGAGGACAUGCUGGCAGACUACGCCGACAGCGAGACAGCUAUCGAGCUGAUGCACUCGCGGCUAGAUAGCCUGGACAAUUUGGGCCUGGCGCGAUUCCACAGUGUCGAGUACCUGGGCCUGCGCCAGAACUUUAUCAAGGCCAUCACGUCAAUUAACGACCUGGCCACGCUGAAGGAGCUGGACCUGUACGAUAACCGCCUGAACGCCAUCGAGGGCGUUGACCAGCUGGUGAACCUGACCAGCGCAGACUUUUCAUUCAACAAAAUCCGCAGGAUCGAGAACAUCGAGACCCUGCGCAAUCUUACCGAAGUCUACUUUGUCAGCAACAAGAUCAGCACGAUUGAGAACCUGAGCCCGCUGGUCAACCUGACAAGCCUGGAGCUGGGCGCCAACCGCAUCCGCAGGAUCGAGGGUCUCGAUGAGCUGGUCAACCUAGAGCAGCUGCGGCUGAGGAUCCUGAGCAUCCAGAGCAACCGUAUCACCAAACUCGAAGGGCUUGAGGAUCUGGAGCGUCUGGAGGAGCUGUAUCUGAGGCUUGAGAACAACACGAAGCUGACCAUCCUCGACGAGAUUUCGGGGAUCAAGCACCUGCCAGUGCUCGAGGAUCUGUGGGCGUCAGGCAACAGGCUCGAGUCGUUCCAGAACAUCGAGGACGAGUGCGCGCCGAUACAGUCGCUGCGCACGGUCUACUUUGAGUUCAGCCCGCUGCAGACCAGCCAGCCCACCGCGUACCGCCGCAAGCUGAUGCUCAUGCUGCCCCAAAUCACGCAGAUUGAUGCCACCGAGUGCCGGCGGCAGCCGCUUUGUUGA